AUGGCCUUUUACUACGGUGUGAGCGGAGGACAGCCGUCGUCGGGGGCGGCAUGGGGGGCGCCGGCGGGCACCAGGCCGUGGACCAAGGCGGAGGACAAGGUGUUCGAGGGCGCGCUGGUGAUGUUCCCGGAGCACUUGCCGAACCGGUGGGCGCUGGUGGCGUCGCGGCUGCAUGACCGCACGCCGCAGGAGGCCUGGGAUCACUACCAGGCGCUGGUCACCGACGUCGACCUCAUCGAGCGCGGCAUGGUCGAGGCCCCAGACUCCUGGGACGACGACGCGGCCGCCGGAGAGGGCCGCGCCGGCCGCGGCCGCGGGGGUGGCAGCGGAGAGGAGCGCCGCCGCGGGGUGCCGUGGACCGAGGACGAGCACAGGCUGUUUCUGGAGGGGCUGGAGAAGUACGGGCGCGGCGACUGGCGGAACAUCUCGCGGUGGUCGGUGAAGACGCGGACGCCGACGCAGGUGGCCAGCCACGCGCAGAAGUACUUCAUCCGCCAGGCCAGCGCCGCCAGCCGCGGCGACAGCAAGCGCAAGAGCAUCCACGACAUCACCGCCCCGUGA